CGCAUCCUCACGCCGAGUCAGUAUUCGCGCGACGUUCAUAGUGCGAAGUGAUUCCUACCUCUUAUGCUGUCCUAUUUUGAAGAACGAGAAGAAUAAAAGGCUACGAAGUCGAAAGAUUUUUAAAAGAAUAUUAAUUUUGUGUUUAAUUAAAAGAAAAAUAGAAUAAUGUUGUGGCCGGUGCUUUUGGCCGCUCUCCUCGGAUUUUUUAUAUGGAAACUGGUGGUCGACGAUAAGGAGAGUCCCCUGGAUAAGUUACCAGGCCCUCCAAGGAAACCCAUUAUUGGCGCCAGCCUUGAAUUCUUGAGAAUGGAUACAAGUGCUGGUGACCUGUUUCUGAAGAUGCGCUGCUACGCCAAGGAGUACGGAGACAGAUACGUGGUGAAGGUGUUUAAGAGGAGGAUUCUCCAUGUCUACGGGGUCAAAGAUGUCGAGGUGGUGUUGGCGCAUUCUAGGAAUAUAACGAAGAGUAAGCCGUAUACUUUCCUGCAGCCCUGGCUAGGAACUGGACUUCUGUUGAGUGCAGGUUCGAAAUGGCACAGAAGGCGAAAGAUCCUCACUCCGGCGUUUCAUUUCAACAUUCUGAAGUACUUCUGCGAAGUGAUAAAGGAGAAGAGUCGCGACCUGGUGGAGAGGCUCAAGAAGAUGACUGGUGAGGACGUGGAACUGAUGCCGGUGGUCAGCGACUUCACGCUCUACACCAUAUGUGAAACGGCAAUGGGCACGCAGCUGGAUUCUGACAAAUCGGCCGCUGUAGUCAAAUACAAGAAUGCCAUACUUCAGAUAGGAGACCUACUCCUCAGCAGACUGACUAAGGUCUACCUUCACAAAGAGUUCAUCUUCAGGAAUCUACCGAUUGGCAGACAGUUUGAGAAAUGUUUAGACGUAGUCCACUCCUUCGCUAAUGGCGUGAUCAUGGAUAGAAAGAAGAAUAGAGUGAUAAAAAACACUGAAGAUGAAGAUGCUCUUGGAAGGAAGAAGAGGCUGGCUAUGCUGGAUCUAUUGCUGGAGGCGGAAGCUGGCGGGGAAAUAGAUUUGGAGGGGAUCCAGGAAGAAGUGAAUACUUUUAUGUUUGAGGGUCAUGACACGACAGCAAUGGCGUUAACAUUCGGUUUGAUGCUGUUGGCAGAUGACGAGCGAGUUCAGAAAUGCAUAUACGAGGAGUUGCAAGGCAUCUUCGGCGACUCGGACCGGCAGCCCACGAUGGCCGAACUCGCCGAGAUGAAAUACCUGGAGGCCGUGAUCAAGGAGACGCUGCGGUUGUAUCCGAGCGUGCCGUUCAUUGCCAGGGAGAUUACUGAGACGUUCAAACUAGAUGAUCUGGAAGUCCCGAAGGGUUCGGAAGUUGCAGUCCACAUCUACGACCUUCACCGGCGCGAGGACCUAUACAGCGAACCGCUAGUGUUUCGACCAGAGCGGUUCCUGGACGGCGAGCUGAAGCAUCCGUACGGAUUCGUGCCCUUCAGCGCUGGACCCAGGAACUGUAUCGGUCAGCGGUUCGCCAUGAUCGAGAUGAAGUGCGUGUUAAGUGAGAUCUGCAGGAGCUUCACACUGCAGGCGCGGGAGAAGGGCUGGCGGCCAAAGCUGAUGGCGGACAUGGUGCUGCGACCCGCUGAGCCUAUAUACGUUAAAUUUAUUAAACGAUAGAUGGCGUUAGUAUAGAUAGUUGAUAAGUUUGUGAUUUAUUUAUGGUGGAUAGGGAAUAUGCAUUUUUUAUUGAAAUAAGGUAUUGAAAUGUUAAAUAUUAGUUUAAAAUAAUUUCAAGCUGUAAAUGCAUAAUUUCGCAGGCGUUUGGUAAGAAUUGAUUAAUCUUUUUGAUAACAUUUUAUUGCAUCUAAAAAAUAAAUGAUUUAUAACAAUGUUGCAAAAAUAAUCGAUAAAUUAUAAGUCUAUAGAUCAUUCAAAUGAAAUUUAUAAUGUAUUAUUUUGCAAUUCGCAUGCAUAUUCUCUAUUUUUUAAAGCAAAUUCCAUCCAAAAUGACAUGUAUUCAGUGUAAAUACCAUUUAUUAUUAAAUAUACAUCUUUGGUACUUA